GUCCGCUGUCAAAGAUCUGUCAAACUAUAGCCUAAAAAUCUUUCGUCUGAUCAAGCGAAAGUUGAGUGAAGUGAAAAAAUAACUAUUCCCAAUGUUGAGUUAAACCUUUUUGAUUGAAGUAAAAUGGCUUUUUUAGAGUGGCGGCGGUUCAACUUUUUCGACCUCAAGAAAGAGGUCGAUGGCGGAAGUAUCGCGGAGGCACUCGCGGGUGCCCAAGUCACUGCAGCAACAAGCGGCAAUGGAAAUUUGAUCCUCGGUGAUGCCAUGGGCAAUGUCCAUGUCGUCAAACGUACUUAUCAGGUUUCUACUUUUAGGGCUUAUGAGAUGAGCCUAACUCUUGCUGAACAGGUCCAACAUUCCACUUAUCUCUUCACAAUAGGCGAAGACGAUCCGGGAUGCAAUCCAACAAUAAAAGUAUGGAAUUUUGGGAAAUUAGACAAACACGAAAAUCCAACUUGUGUACGAAUAAGUAGAGCGAUCCCGAGUUAUAGAGCAAUUCCAGCAACGUCUCUUUGUGUACAUCCAAGCAUGACAUUGAUGGCUGUUGGAUUUGGGGAUGGUUCAAUAAUGCUCUACAGAGGUGAUCUUACAAGAGAGCGUAAAAACAAGAUAAAAAUUUUGAAAGACGGCAAUACUCCAAUAACUGGUUUGGCCAUCAGGAACACAGGAAAACAGAAUUAUUUAUUUGUUGCAACCACCCUCAGUGUUUACCUCUAUAACAUCACGGUCAAGGACAAAGAGACUAAAUCCCCGCUUGACAACAUGGGCUGCGAAAAGAAAUGCAGUGUUCUUGCUGAAACGAGCCAAGACAGCCACUUCAUGAUCGGACGAAAUGAUGCAAUUUAUUGUUACACUCUGGACGGUCGUGGACCUUGUUACGCAGUGGAUGGUCAGAAAAUAAUGCUCGAUUGGUUCCGUGGAUAUCUGGUAAUAAUAGCAAAAGAAGCAGGCAAUGUACCACGCACAACAACAACGAUAACAGCUAAGCCAAGCACCGUAGAACCAAUACCACCGGGUGUGGACAAACACAUCAUCACGGUGCUCGAUAUUCAAAACAAAUUCAUUGUAGCCUCAGCAUCCAUGAUAUCGGUGCAAGCUGUACUUUCCGAAUGGGGUAGUUUUUUCAUACUCAGCGGGGAUAGCAAACUUUACCACCUUGAUGAAAAGGAUUUACAAUCCAAAUUAGCACUGUUGUUCAAAAAAAAUCUCUACGACGUUUCGAUAAGAAUCGCCAAAAGUCAACAAUACGAUGCCGAAGGUCUGGUUGAUAUCUUCCGUCAGUACGGUGAUCAUUUGUACUCGAAAGGUGAUCACAAUGGUGCCAUAGAACAAUACAUAAAAACUAUCGGAAAACUCGAGCCGUCUUACGUAAUAAGAAAAUUUCUCGAUUCCCAACAUAUCGACAAUUUAACGACGUAUCUUCAGGCAUUGCACAAACAGGGGCACGCUUCCGGCGAUCACACUACGUUGCUGCUUAAUUGUUACACCAAAUUAAACCAUACGGAGAAAUUGAAAGAAUUCAUUAUGACGAAAGAUCGAGAGGUUGAUUUCGACGUUGACAUCGCGAUUAAAGUGUGCCGUCAAGCCUCGCCCGAAGAUGCACUGCUUUUGGCACGAAAACAUCGUAAACACGAGUGGUACUUGAGGAUACAAAUCGAGGACAAAGCAGAAUACAAAAGUGCUCUUGAGUAUAUAAACACUUUAGACUUCGACGAAGCAGAAUCGAACAUGAAAAAAUAUGGCAAUGUUCUCAUUGAAAAUGUGCCCAACGAAGCGACGCAGUUUCUCAAAACUCUUUGUACCAACUAUCGUGCCACGAACAGACCGUUGAUCGAUCAGAAUGUUCUCGAUGGAACUGGCGAAGAACACGUUGAACGUGCCAAUCCCGAAGAUUUCAUUCAUCUUUUCCUCAACAACUCUGAGAGACUCGUCGAAUUUUUGGAGCAUCUCAUCAAAUGCGACAGCAAAUGGAGCACCUUGGUAUAUAAUACCCUGGUGGAACAUUACCUGCACGUCUGGUCAGCGUUGGACAAUGAGGUGGCAAAACUUCAGUAUGAGCAAAAAGUAGUGCGUUUGCUGCAAAGUUCCGAGGCUUGUUGCGACAAGGACCAAAUCCUUAUCCUAUGUCAUCAGCACAAUUUUCGUCGUGGAUUGUUAUUUCUUUACGAGGAACGUAAAUUAUAUCAAGAAAUUCUACAGUAUCAUUUGCGGGAGGGAGACAACGAACAGGUAUUCGCUACGUGUAAAAAUUUCGGUCAUCAAGAUCCAAAUCUUUGGGUGCAAGCUUUAUGGAGCGUCGCGAGGAAAAAAAAUGCCUCGACGAAACUCCUUGCGGAUAUACUCGAACACAUAGCUGCCGAAGGCCUUUUAUCGCCUCUAAUGGUGAUCGAUGCUCUCUCGACAUCUCUAACGUGCAGCCUCGGUGACGUGAAAUCGUAUCUCAACGGUGUAUUCAAAAAUGAAUAUGAACAGACGCGUUUAGACGCUGAAUCAACGGAAAAAUAUCGUAGAGACACUAAAAAAUUACGAGAGCAAAUAGAUCUCAUUAAAAACAGCACGAUGAUUUUCCAGUGCGCUCGUUGCAGCGCUUGUCACCAUCAACUCGAGCUCCCAUCGGUCCAUUUCAUGUGCCAACAUUCCUAUCACCAACAUUGUUUCCAGAGUUUCUCAGAAAACGAAAACGAGUGUCCUGCAUGUUUGCCCAACAACAAAAAACUCCUCGACAUCAUUCGAGCUCAGGAACAGUCGAGAGAUUUGCACGAGACUUUCCAUUGUCUUCUUGAUCGUGCCGAGGAUCCCUUUUCCCUCGUUGCUAAUUAUUUCGGUCGUGGAGUGUUCAAAAAACUCAUGGUCAUCACCGACGCCGAUAAACCUAUUGCUGGACCAGCUCCGAAAAAUCUUGCGCCUCCUACUAACCCCGCAAGCGUGCAGAACAAAAUCCAGGACCCGAAACCAAACUACAACGCCUAUGGGCCAGGAGUCGAAGCGAAAAUAAGACUGACCGAGGGCCGUAAUACGACACUAGUCAAACCGGAUGUGAAGAAAUCCGAUAACGAUCCAUUCGCAUCGAGCUCUGUAACGAUUUACGAGGACCGACCAAGAAAUUUGGUGAAACCGGAUAUUUACUCGUCGUCAUUGGAGGCGAACAUAUCGGGUGCGGUGAGCGGAUCGUCUACACCACGGACAAAUUCUCGAAGAGCAUCACCAGUGCCGAUAAGAGAGGCAAGAAUAAUGAACAAUCCAAGUCCGAAAUCGUCGCCAGCUAACAAAUCUUUUGUGCCACCAAAAACCCCGAUCGUACCGAUGAAUCCUUUCGAAUAUGAUGAGUCGAUGAAUCCUUUCGCCGAGGAAGCUGAAGAAGCGGGUAAAUUGAUAUCAGCUGACGAAAACAAGAACGAUUAUAACGAAGACCUCAACCCAUUCGCCAGUUAAUUCCGAAGGUUUUCGCGUUCCCAAUGAAAUUAAGGUAAAAGCAUGAAAAUAACGAAAAACAUUUUGCUUAGAUCCAAUAAAAAUGUAUAUAUCAAGUGUAACGUGAACGAUAAUCGUCGUUGCUUUCCUAUCUUUUUUUAUCAUACAUUACAUAGCUGAAAAAGAAAUAUAUAUAAAUAUCGUAAUAUUGUACAGAAUAUUGUUACGUUUCGUCAGUAAAAGAAAAGCGUUUUAGAAACGAGA